AUGUGGCUUCAAUUCGGGCUUCAUCUMGCAUUCUUUACCAUCUCGUCGGCAGUGGCGAUUUGGCUCGAGAAAUYGUCGAUCAAAGAUUUGUUCUGGGACAGCGUUGCUAUGUUUGGACGCUUUGGGGGGCCGUACUUUGCACAGUGUGUGCGUUUCCCGGCAGCCUUUCAGCACGUCGAUGAAGAUCCUAGCACCGAUGCUACUGAGGGAGAUCCAUCGGACGACCACGACAACGAUUCUAUCAAUGUCUCGCUGGGGGAGUUCCCUAGCAUCGAAGCGUUUUCCAACCUAGAGGGAUGCGAUUGA